UAUACUGUAUUUUUGAUAGAUUGGAGGACCAUGGGAACAAGAUGGCAUUGAUGGGGGAGUUUGUGGUGGAAUGUUAGGGUGCUGGCCACUAGACCAUGCCCUCACUGUGCUCUCUACUAUACUCAACCCAGUUAAAGCCAGGGAAGAUUUUCUUCAUCAUCUUAAAGAAACUGCAUUGCCUAGUCAAGUUGAUGAAGAUAAGAACCUUAGUGAAGAUAAAAAUGAUAAUGUCUGGGUGGUGGUUGACAGUUCUGGGGAGGACGAGGAAGACCCUGCUCAGCUGUGGGCCCGCUUCAAUGAAAAUGAUGUUGUUCAGAUCUUAAACCAAGUGCCCUUCAAAGAAAUCUUCCAGCACAUAUUAUUGAUCAAGGAAGAGGAUGGAUCACUCAACUAUGAUGUGUCUUGCACAAGUCACCAGGGCUUUAUGAAGCUGUUUGCAUUUGCUACUCAUCUUUUACAGCUUUUUCGUACAGGACUGGCAACAUAUUCUCAGGUUAGAUAUCGUGGUGCAACCAAACGCAUAUGUCGCCUUCUUCGACACACUGUGGAGUACAUCACUGACCACUGGCAAAGCUUCCUUUCUUUGCACCAGUACUCAUUGAGCCACAGCACUGCCAUGUCUCAGGCAGUAGCUCAUUUGGAAUCUUUACAGGUGGAAUAUGACCAGUUGUUUGAAAAGGCUGUAGAGACAAUAUUCAGCAGUCCCCGUUCAGGAGCUUGGCAGUUCUUAGCCGUCAUCCCCUACAGUAGUGUCUCCCUCUCCCAGUUGUGGAAAAUAGUCUACAAACUUCACAUAGGUAUGAGAGAUGAGUCCGUCUCUACCACCAGUAAGGAGAGUGAGGGGGACAAGAGUAAUCAGGAGUGGGCAGAUUUAGUGACUCACGCAGAUACCCGUGGUCAGUUUCAUGACUACCUUGUAAAUAUGGAAGAAAAUUAAUCCUUUUACCUCCUCUCCGCGCUGGCAAACAUGACUGCAGCUCGUGAACCAUCAGAAAAGGACUUUAUUCGGACCACUGACCAGCUGACAUAGUGAUGUUCCCAGGUGCCCAUGUGGUGGUAAACAACAUAUUUGAGGCAACAUUUGUAAAUGAAGGAACAAGAGAAGCUCUGAGUCGUAAUGGCAGGGAUCUUCUUGCUACAAUUGCAGCCAAGCACCCGUUAUCUAUUUCAUAUCUGCUUACUGCAACUCAGGUACCAUUGAUGCAUCAGUCUUCUUGUCACUUUUGAAACAAUGUUACAAAGUAAUACAGUAUUUUGUAAUUGAUAUUCUUUGAUUAAAGUGCAUGGAGUAGCAAGGUCUUUUGAGAAUCAUUGACUGUAAGUAUAUUGUAAUGUAAUGGCUUUAUAGCAUGACUAAUGAAUUAUUGGAUGGCAAAGAGGAUUUGAGAACUGCACUUGAAAGGAAGAGAGGAGAGAUACUGUAUAUACUGUGUGAAAUUCUUGAAGUUAAAGAUUGUUUCAACAUUUUA